AUGGCACUGAUGGACGGAGAAAAAAGUAAACCAGUGAAGACGAGCAGGCAGUGUCGCGUGAAGCGCCGUGAAGCGGUGAGUUCGGCGGGGGUUCAUGAUGGCGGCGGCGGCGGAGGGAGCGGCAGCAGCGGCAGCAGCGACUCGUGCAGCACCGCGGAGGAGGAGCGCGUCCGGCGGCUCUUCCAGACCUGCGACGGGGACGGGGACGGAUACAUUAACCGGAACGACCUGCUGAUGGUCUGCCGGCAGCUGAACAUGGAGGACUCGGUGGCGGAGAUCAUGGGGCAGCUGGGCGCAGACGAGCGAGGGAGGAUCUCCUUCGAGGACUUCACGCGCUGCCGCAUGCAGCUGCUCAACGAGAUCCGCAAAGAGGAAGGACAGCUCUCGCUGCUCUCCAGCGACUCGGGGAGGAGGAACGCUCACGGGUGUGUGGCCUCGUGGCCCACCAGCAGCGACAACAGCCUCGGCGCCCGAGAGAGCUGGGAGUUUGAUUCUGGAGCUCGAGACUUACAGAGUCCAGAGUCUCUCACGCAAAGCCAUGCUCCGCCGCUCCAGAACAUCCUGGAUCCUCCGGCCGGGAAUCCCUCCGGCUACCUGGAGCUGGCCAACACUCUGCAUCUGGCUGCGCUGGCGUCUCUGAAGGGUGACGUGGUGGAGCUCAACCAGCGACUGCUGCAGACCGAGAGAGAGAGAGACACGCUGGAGAAGAGACUGGCCAAAGCACAGUGUGAGCAGUCUCAUCUGCUGCGGGAGCACGAGGAGGUUCAGGAGAGGACGACUCUGCGUUACGAAGAGCGGAUCACAGAACUGCACAGCAUCAUCGCUGAACUCAACAAGAAGAUAGACCUGCUGCAGGGAGCCACCAUCAGGGAGGAGGAUGAGUUUUCCGAGCUUCGCUCCGAUCUCAGUCACAGCCAGCUGGAAGUUAACGAGGAUGACCGGAGCAUCGAUCAGGACCCCGACCAGGCGUCCAUCUCGCUGCCUGAGAACCAGUCCACGCUGGUCACUGCAGACAUGGAUAACUGCAGUGACCUGAACUCGGAGCUGCAGCGGGUUUUGACCGGGCUGGAGAGCGUCCUCUGCGGCCGCAAGAAGAGCACGUGCAGCCUGUCCGUGGCCGAGGUGGACCGACACAUCGAGCAGCUGACCACCGCCAGCGAACACUGCGACCUGGCCAUCAAGGUCAAACACCCGACAGACGCAGUACACACCUUCAUGUGGAUCGCGCUCUGGGCUGAUCUGGAUUGGUUCUACCCCAGUCUGUGUGAGGAGCGUGUGCGCUGGGAGAAGGAGCUGGCCGGCCUGCGGGAGGAGAACGAGAGUCUAACGGCCAUGCUGUGCAGCAAAGAAGAGGACCUCAACCGCACCAAAGCCACCAUGAACGGCAUCCGAGAGGAGCGAGACCGUCUGCGCAGACGCGUACGAGAGCUGCAGACACGCCUCCAGAGCGUUCAGCCUGGCGCUCCGUCCAGUCCUGGGCGUCUGACUCCGGCGGGGCGUCCCAUCAACCCCAGCACCGGAGAACUCAGCACCAGCAGCAGCAGCAACGACAUCCCCGUCGCCAAAGUGGCGGAGCGAGUGAAGCUGUCGAAAACACGCUCCGAAUCGCUGCCAGCAGAGAGAUCGGUCCUCGGAUCUGAAAUCAGCAGCAUCGGGGUGUCCAGUAACGUGGCUGAACAUCUGGCUCAUUCCCUUCAGGACUGCUCCAACAUCCAGGAGAUCUUCCAGACGCUCUACUCACACGGAUCCGCCAUCUCCGAGAGCAAGAUCCGUGAGUUCGAGGUGGAGACGGAGAGACUCAACAGUCGCAUCGAGCACCUGAAGUCUCAGAACGAUCUGCUGACCAUCACACUGGAGGAGUGUAAGAGCAACGCCGAGCGUAUGAGCAUGCUGGUGGGGAAAUAUGAGUCCAACGCCACCGCACUCAGACUGGCCCUGCAGUACAGUGAGCAGUGUAUUGAGGCGUAUGAGCUGCUGCUGGCGCUGGCUGAGAGUGAACAGGGUCUGGUUUUGGGUCAGUUCAGAGCCGCUGGAGUCAGUGCAGUGGGAGAGCAGGCGGGUGAGGAGAGCAUCUCUCAGAUCCUGAAGAAAGCUCACGACAGCAGGAAGACGGCGGAGAUCGCCGCUAAAGAUCUCCUGACUCGUCUGGACGGCAGCUGCGGAGCGGCGUUUGCGGUCAGCGUCCAGCCCUGGGAGAGCCUCUCGUCCAACAGCCACACCAGCACCACCAGCUCGACGGCCAGCAGCUGUGACACGGACUUCUCUAAAGACGACGAGCAGCGUCUGAAGGACUACGUGCAGCAGCUGAAGAACGACCGGGCGGCCGUCAAACUGACCAUGCUGGAGCUGGAGAGCGUCCACAUCGACCCGCUGAGCUACGACGUCAAACCCCGAGGAGACUCGCAGAGACUGGACCUGGAGAACGCCGUGCUCAUGCAGGAGCUCAUGGCCAUGAAGGAGGAGAUGGCGGAGCUGAAGGCUCAGCUGUAUUUGCUGGAGAAGGAGAAGAAAGCUCUGGAGCUGAAGCUGAGCACGAGGGAGGCUCAGGAGCAGGCGUAUCUGGUGCACAUCGAGCAUCUGAAGUCUGAGGUGGAGGAGCAUCAGGAGCAGAGACGCCGGUCACUCACCUCCACCUGCAGCAGUGCUGGAGCCAAAGACAAGAGCGUCAAGGACUCUGAUUCCCCGGCGAUCAGUCUCUCUGACCUGAGGAGUCUGAACGACAGCGACCUCGCGGCGGAGCUCACCAGCGCCCUCAGGAGAGAGAAGAAGCUGAAGGGUCGUGUUCAGGAGCUGGUGGCAGCGUUAGAAAGGCUGACUAAAAGCAGUGAGGUCAGACAUCAGCAGUCGGCGGAGUUCGUGAACGACCUGAAACGAGCAAACAGUAAUCUGGUGGCGGCGUACGAGAAAGCCAAGAAGAAGCACCAGAACAAGCUGAAGAAGCUGGAGUCUCAGAUGAUGGCGAUGGUGGAGCGUCACGAGACGCAGGUGAGGAUGCUGAAGCAGCGCAACGCUCUCCUGGAGGAGGAGACGUCUCGACCGCACGCCAACGAAACCUCGCUCUGAGCCUCGGCCGGGACAGGCGUCUUUUAUACCGCUACGUUUUUCCAAUUUCUAAGUAUGGGGUUCACCGUUUCUACGCUCUUACCGGUCAGGCAGCGGCACAGACUUAAAGAGACGAACUGUUAUAUUUCAUAAUCGUACAGCGUAGAGAAAUAGAGUUCUGAGCAAUAAAUGAGAAGGAGGUUUCCUUCGUCUGCUGGUUAAACUCACAUCCUCCGUUGAACCGCCUCACAGGACUAGUUAAGACUCCGACCAGCAUCCUGUCAUCAGGCUCCAAACAUCAUCCAGAGUCAGACAGAUGACCGACGAAUCAGGGCCGAUUAUUCUGAACUAAGAACAAUAGAUUUAUUCAUCUAUGCUCACAUUAGUUAAUAAAAAUACGACUUUGGUUUUAUAAUAUUGCUGAAUCUUUAUUUUAACUGAGAUUUCUAAAUCCCGUAUGAAAAAAGUUAUAGUAAAUACUGGAGAACCAUAUUUUAGUGAAGUGUUUUAGGACUAAAAAACCUGAAUUAAUUUGUUUGCAGUAAUUCUAUAAUUGCUGUGGUAUUAUAACAACUGUAGUAAUAUAAACAAAUGACUCAUUAACUAAUUACCCAGUACUGUACUAGUACUGUUAUACUGCAGCACUAAAAGAUACUCCAGGAUUUAUUCAUCAUUUGACUGGAGAUAAUACUACAGUGUUGUAAAUACUCUCAUAUAUAUCUAUAUCUAGAGCAUGGUUCAGACACACUAGUAUUUACUGUCAUUUAUUACAUGGCUUUCUCUUGUGGGAAGUAACAAAUGAAACGUUAAUUGUAAAGCGUUACCCAUUUAUCAUCGAAAUCUGGGCCGUUUUUAUUAAGUUGAGGUGUUUUGAAUGAACCGUUGAGUUAAUCGCAGUUAAGACUUGAAGAAAAGAUUUCUUUCCUUAGAAUAACAUGCUCUGAUCUGAAACUUAAUGUAGCGUC